AUGGCGUGGGCUAAUCAGGGCAUGCAAGCCCUCAUUCCCGUUAUCAAUAGGGUUCAAGAUGCUUUUUCUCAGCUAGGUACGACAGUCAAUUUCGAGCUACCGCAAAUUGCUGUGGUCGGUGGACAAAGUGCCGGAAAAUCGUCGGUUUUGGAAAAUUUUGUAGGAAAAGACUUUCUUCCUCGUGGUUCCGGAAUUGUCACAAGACGUCCGCUGAUUUUGCAGUUAAUCCAGGACAGAAAUGAAUACGCUGAGUUCUUACACAAGAAGGGCAACUAUUUUACGGACUUCGAUGCCGUUCGCAAGGAAAUCGAAGACGAAACCGAUCGAGUGACCGGAGCUAACAAAGGAAUAUCCCCCCACCCCAUAAACCUGCGAGUGUUCAGUCCUAACGUCCUCAAUCUUACUUUGAUUGAUCUCCCUGGUUUAACAAAGGUGCCAGUUGGUGACCAACCGCCGGAUAUCGAGCACCAGAUUCGUGAAAUGAUCUUGACCUUCAUUAGUAGGGAGACUUGCUUGAUUUUGGCUGUAACGCCUGCAAAUAGUGAUUUAGCCACAUCUGAUGCUUUGAAGCUCGCUAAGGAAGUCGAUCCACAGGGCUUGCGAACGAUCGGUGUGUUGACAAAGUUGGACCUCAUGGAUGAGGGGACUGAUGCACGGGAGAUUCUCGAGAACCGCCUGUUUCCUUUACGUCGAGGUUACAUUGGGGUUGUCAACCGUGGGCAAAAGGAUAUUGUUGGGAAGAAGGAUAUCAGAUCGGCGUUGGAUGCUGAGAGGAAAUUCUUCUUAUCUCAUCCUGCGUACAGACAUAUGGCAGAUCGCUUAGGAACUCAAUAUCUUCAACACACACUCAACCAGCAAUUAACGAAUCAUAUAAGGGACACCCUUCCAACACUGCGGGAUAGCCUUCAAAAGAAGUUAUUUGCUUUAGAAAAAGAUGUUGCAGAAUAUAAGAACUUCCAGCCGAAUGACCCCGGACGAAAAACAAAAGCUCUGCUCCAGGUAGGACUUUUCACUCCUGAUAUGGCAUUUGAGGCGAUUGCCAAGAAACAGAUCGCUCGUUUGAAAGAGCCUUCGCUGAAAUGUGUUGAUCUCGUAGUAAAUGAACUUGCCAAUGUGAUACGACAAUGUGCUGAAUGUAAGGAACAAUAUGCAAAAAAUCAAAUAACGCUUAUCGUUGACUAUGAGUUAGCCUAUAUGAACACCAACCAUGAAGAUUUUAUUGGUUUCAGCAACGCAGAAGCAAAAGCCUCUCAAGGACAAUCGACGAAGAAGAAUCUUGGCGUACAAGUGAUACGAAAAGGGUGGUUAUCGAUCAAUAACAUUUCAUUUAUUAAAGGUUCUAAGGACUGCUGGUUCGUGCUAAUGUCAGACAGUCUCAGCUGGUUCAAGGAUGAUGAGGAAAAGGAGAAAAAGUACAUGCUUCCUUUGGAUGGCAUCAAAUUACGUGAUAUCGAGAGCGGCUUCAUGUCUCGUCAACAUAAAUUCGCUCUUUUCUAUCAGGAUGGAAAGAAUAUCUAUAAGGACUACAAGCAGCUGGAACUGGGAUGUAACAACUUGGAUGAGGUUGACGCAUGGAAAGCAUCAUUCCUACGAGCCGGAGUUUAUCCCGAAAAGCAAAAGGCGCCGGAGGAUGAGGUUGAAACUAUACGAAAUCUGGUGGACUCAUAUAUGCGGAUUGUCACAAAGACUAUAAAAGACCUUGUACCAAAAGCGAUAAUGCAUCUUAUCGUGUCUCAGGUCACGCAAUUCAUGCAUGAUGAACUAUUGGCUCAUAUCUACCAAUGUGGAGAUACGGUAUGA